AUGGCUACCGAGAAGAAAGAAGUUCAGGCUCUUGGUUCGACUGUCGAAGAACCUCUUGAUCUGAUCCGGCUCAGUUUAGAUGAGAAAGUUUUCGUCAAAAUGAGAAACGACAGAGAAAUUAAGGGAAAACUUCACGCUUUUGACCAACAUUUGAACAUGAUUCUCUCCGAGGUUGAAGAAACUGUCACCACUACAGAGAUCGAUGAAGAAUCGUUUGAAACUAUUUAUCAUCAGACCAAGCGAAAUAUCCCUAUGUUGUUCGUCAGAGGAGAUGCUGUGAUAUUGGUUUCACCACCAGUUAGAGCCAGUUAA